AUAGAGGUGAAGUUCAGGAUCAAUUUGACCGUGUUGAUAUCGAGUUGAGAGAAUUAGAGUUAAAGAAUUCAGCAAUUGAAAAAAAUACUAGGUUUACCGCAUUUUGUAUUUUGAUUGAUGAUGACAAAAAUGUAUGGAUGAAUCUUCGCGAUGACGAAUAUUGGGUCCCAGGUGGUUAUUUAAGAAUGAAAUCUGAUGGGGCAUAUGAGAAAUUUGAGGAAUGUGUUAUCCGCGAGGUGGAAGAUAGAACUGGAAUUAUUAUGCCAUAUAAAAAUCUCCGAAAAAUUAUGGAAGUCAAGUAUUUCCUAACGGAUGAUGUAUUAAACGUUUGUAAUAUUUUUUUGGCAUAUGUUCAUGAGACUUUGGAUGGGUGGAUGAGUUUUAAUCACAGGGAGAUUAAUAAUUUAGAAUAUCCAUUAAUAUUUCCAUUAAGAAUGGUAUAUGAUAGUAUUUUACGAAGUAUUGGUAGUUUUAGAGUGAAUCAAAAGAAAGGAGAAAAAAGAAAGAUCAAGGAUGAGGAUUUUGUUAGAAGUUUUGAUUUCAUUGGCAGUUCCGUUGCUAAUAUUUGCAAAAAGAAUCCAAAGAUCAUCAUUAUAACCGGAGCUAUUGCGGUGGGAAAGACAACCUUCGCACGGGAGCUUUCGAAUUAUCUUACCGAAAAGGGAAAGCAUGAUAUCUAUCCAUUUUUCUUUCAAUAUGCGAUGAUUAAUGCAUACUUUUUUGAAAUGAAUGAAAUUAAGCAAUUAGGACAGGAUUAUGAUUACAUUAUUCUUGAUAGAAGUUAUCUUGAUACAUUUAUAUUUACAAAGGCCACUAUCCCCGAUGGAGAUGGUGAAUUAUUGAAUAUUCUCGACCAACGUUUAGGAAAGAUAGAAUUUCCAUUUGAGGUGAAAAAGGUGUUUUAUCUGAAACCCUCCGUGGAUAACAUGUUAAGACGUUAUGAAAUUCGUAAGGGUGAGGAUGAAAUUGAUGGGAUUGAUUCAAGUGAUAAUGAUGAGUAUCUUAAGAUGAUUUAUGAUUUUUAUGAAAAUUAUGUCGAUGAAAUUUAUCCUAAUUAUGAAAAAAUUGUAAAUGAUG